AUGCUCUCCUCCGCUUCUCUCGGUGCCCCCCUGGCGCUCUACCAGACGGCCGCCGGGAGGCUGGAUAAGUUCAUCUUGGACCACCUGCAGCCCGACGAGGAGUUCUUGAGCGACGUGCGCCGGGCCAUCGACAUCAUCUGCGCCUUCCUGCGGGAGAACUGCUUCAAGGAUGCCGCCCCGCCCCGGCCCCGGGUCCUGAAGGUGGUCAAGGGAGGCUCAUCAGGGAAAGGCACGGCUCUAAAAUGGGGCUCGGAUGCUGAUCUUGUGGCGUUUCUCAGCAUCUUCAAGCAAUACAAGGACCAGGAGUCACACCGGAAGGAGAUGAUCGAGGAGAUUGAGAAGAGACUCAAAGAAUUCAAGAACAAAGAAGAUAAGAAUAUAGAUGUCCUGUUUGAGCCGUCCAGGUGGCCAAAUCCCCGUGUGCUCAGCUUCACGCUCCGCUCUUAUGACCUCAAGGAUUCGAUUGAGUUUGAUGUGCUGCCAGCCUUUGAUGCGCUUGGUCAGAGAACAGGCUCUAAGCCUUCCCCACAAGUGUACAUUGACCUGAUCAACAGCAGCCAUCGAGGGGGUGAGUUCUCUCCCUGCUUCACUGAGUUACAGAAGGACUUCAUCAUUGACCGGCCAACUAAACUGAAGAGCCUCAUCCGCCUGCUGAAACACUGGUACAAAGAGUACAAAUCGCAGCUCCAAACCGGGGAGUCACUUCCCCCAAAAUAUGCGCUGGAGCUGCUGGCUGUCUAUGCCUGGGAGAAAGGAAGCGGAAAGACAGAUUUUGACAUGGCAGAAGGAUUUCGGACAGUGCUUUGGCUCCUGCAGCAGUACAAGCAACUGUGCAUAUUUUGGACAAAAUACUAUGACUUUGAGAACGAGACCCUCAGACGAUAUCUGAUAGGCCAGCUCCGGAAGCCCAGACCUGUCAUCCUGGACCCAGCUGACCCAACUGGGAUUGUGGGUGAAGGGAGCCGCUGGGAUCUACUUGCACAAGAAGCUGAAUAUUGUUUGAAACAGAAAUGCUGCACAAACUACUCAGUUCAUCAUUGGGAUGUACCGGCAGAAAUCCAAUGCAAUCCAUGUAAUCUAUGCAGCAGGUGCGAUGGGGGGAAGAAGCGAUUUACCCCAGCUACCAAUUUGGAAUUAGUAGACCUCUUCCAGACGCUUAUCAGACGAGAGUUCCAGAACAACCGGCGUUGUUUCAGCGUGGGCGGGGCAGCCCUCCAAUCUGCCCAGCUGAUUGGCGGGCCGGCUGCAUCCCCGGCUGCUCGGCGACAGCUGCGGGGGCGUGUCAUUUGCCCGCGGCUGGCUUAUCACUGUGUUCAGGCUCAGGUGACGUCGGCGAUGUUCUCCGCUGCUGGCGUCUCUGCCCCCAUGGAACUCUAUGAGACACUCUCCAGGAGGCUGGAUAAGUUCAUCGCUGACCACCUCCAGCCCAAUGAGAAGUUCUUGAGACAAGUGCGCUGGGCCAUCCACAUCAUCUGUGAUUUCCUGAAGAACAGCUUCAAAGAUGCUGCCCAGCCCCAGGUCCUGAAGGUGGUCAAGGGAGGUUCGUUAGGGAAAGGCACGGCUCUAAAGGGGGGCUCGGAUGCCAAUCUUGUGGUGUUUCUCAGCGUCUUCAAGCGAUACAAAGACCAGGAGUUCCGCCGGGAGGAGAUGAUCCAGGAGAUUGAGAAGAGACUCAUAGAAUUCAAGAACAAAGAUGAAAAUAAUAUAGAUGUCAUGUUUGAGCAGUCCAGGGGGCCAAACCCCCGUGUGCUCAGCUUCACGCUUCACUCUGAUUACUUCAGGGAUUCGAUUGAGUUUGAUGUGCUGCCAGCCUUUGAUGCUCUUGGUGCGUAUGUUUGCAUGAGGGAUGGACCUCCCCCACCCCCACCCCAAGUGUACAUUGACCUGAUCACCAGUGGCUGCCAAGGGGGUGAGUUCUCCACCUGCUUCACUGAGUUACAGAAGGAAUUCAUAGUUGACCGGCCACCUAAACUGAAGAGCCUCAUCCGCCUGCUGAAACAUUGGUACAAAAAGGUACAGCAGCUUGACAAGAGUGCCUGGGCUUUGUACAAAUCACUCCCCCCAAAAUAUGUGCUGGAGCUGCUGGCUGUCUAUGCCUGGGAGAAAGGAAGUGGAAAGACAGAUUUUGACAUGGUAGAAGGAUUUCGGACAGUACUUUGGCUCCUCCAGCAGUACAAGGAGCUCUGCAUAUUUUGGACAAAAUACUAUGACUUUAAGAACGAGACCCUUGGACGAUAUCUGAUAGGCCAGCUCCGGAAGCCCAGACCUGUCAUCCUGGACCCAGCUGACCCAACUGGGAUUGUGGGAGAGGGGAGCCGCUGGGAUCUACUUGCACAAGAAGCUGAAUAUUGUUUGAAACAGAAAUGCUGCACAAACUACUCAGUUCAUCAUUGGGAUGUACCGGCCUUGCACUUGAAUGUGAAGUUGCUGACAGGACAGAUGCAUUCCCUGGAUACCCAUGCUAGCAAAACCAUCUGGGAUCUCAAAAUCCAAAUUGCCCAGAAAUCAGGGGUGCCACCAUAUCAGCAGAAACUGGCCUGCCAGAACAACAGUCACAUUGACCUGCGGGAUGGGGCCCAACUGUCUGAGUUUGGGCUGAAAUCUGAAGAUACCAUCGUGCUGGUGGUCAAAAACGAAGAGCUCAUUACCAUCUUCCUGAAGAAUGACAGAGGCAGAACCAGCACAUACCAGGUCAUGCCUUCGGAGAAGGUGGAAAUCUUCAGAGCCCGGGUUCAGCAACAAGAGAACAUCCGGGAACAACAGUUCUGGCUGACUUAUGAUGGGAGGCCUUUGGAGAAUGGCCAUAAACUGUCAGAUUACAACAUUGCCCCACACAGCACCAUCUUCCUGAACCUGCGCCUGCGUGAAAUUAAGCUGGUGAGGAUGGCUCAAGCUGAGGUUCAGGCGGCGCCGGCGAUGCUCUCCUCCGCUUCUCUCGGUGCCCCCCUGGCGCUCUACCAGACGGCCGCCGGGAGGCUGGAUAAGUUCAUCUUGGACCACCUGCAGCCCGACGAGGAGUUCUUGAGCGACGUGCGCCGGGCCAUCGACAUCAUCUGCGCCUUCCUGCGGGAGAACUGCUUCAAGGAUGCCGCCCCGCCCCGGCCCCGGGUCCUGAAGGUGGUCAAGGGAGGCUCAUCAGGGAAAGGCACGGCUCUAAAAGGGGGCUCGGAUGCUGAUCUUGUGGCGUUUCUCAGCAUCUUCAAGCAAUACAAGGACCAGGAGUCACACCGGAAGGAGAUGAUCGAGGAGAUUGAGAAGAGACUCAAAGAAUUCAAGAACAAAGAAGAUAAGAAUAUAGAUGUCCUGUUUGAGCCGUCCAGGUGGCCAAAUCCCCGUGUGCUCAGCUUCACGCUCCGCUCUUAUGACCUCAAGGAUUCGAUUGAGUUUGAUGUGCUGCCAGCCUUUGAUGCGCUUGGUCAGAGAACAGGCUCUAAGCCUUCCCCACAAGUGUACAUUGACCUGAUCAACAGCAGCCAUCGAGGGGGUGAGUUCUCUCCCUGCUUCACUGAGUUACAGAAGGACUUCAUCAUUGACCGGCCAACUAAACUGAAGAGCCUCAUCCGCCUGCUGAAACACUGGUACAAAGAGUACAAAUCGCAGCUCCGAACCGGGGAGUCCCUUCCCCCAAAAUAUGCGCUGGAGCUGCUGGCUGUCUAUGCCUGGGAGAAAGGAAGCGGAAAGACAGAUUUUGACAUGGCAGAAGGAUUUCGGACAGUGCUUUGGCUCCUGCAGCAGUACAAGCAACUGUGCAUAUUUUGGACAAAAUACUAUGACUUUGAGAACGAGACCCUCAGACGAUAUCUGAUAGGCCAGCUCCGGAAGCCCAGACCUGUCAUCCUGGACCCAGCUGACCCAACUGGACUCCUGGGAGAGGGGAGCCGCUGGGAUCUACUUGCACGAGAAGCUGAAUAUUGUUUGGAACAGCAGUGCUGCACAAACAACUAUGUGUCCUCAGUUCAUCAUUGGGAUGUACCGGCCUUGCGCUUGAAUGUGAAGUUGCUGACAGGACAGAUGCAUUCCCUGGACAUCCAUGCUAGCAAAACCAUCUGGGAUCUCAAAAUCCAAAUUGCCCAGAAAUCAGGGGUGCCACCAUAUCAGCAGAAACUGGCCUGCCAGAACAACAGUCACGUUGACCUGCGGGAUGGGGCCCAGCUGUCGGAGUUUGGGCUGAAAUCUGAAGAUACCAUCAUGCUGGUGGUAAAAAACGAAGAGCUCAUUACCAUCUUCCUGAAGAAUGACAGAGGCAGGACCAGCACGUACCAGGUCAUGCCUUCGGAGAAGGUGGAAAACUUCAGAGCCCGGGUUCAGCAACAAGAGAACAUCCGGGAAGAACAGUUCUGGCUGACUUAUGGUGGGAGGCCUUUGGAGAAUGGCUAUAAAUUGUCCAAUUACGACAUUGCCCCACACAGCACCAUCUUCUUGAAUCUGCGCUUGCGAGGCGGCUGCGUUGGCCAAGCAUCCCUCCUGAGCUUAGCUCAGUGUUUCUCUGAUUUUUAA